UUGAGCGAUCUCCCUCCCUCCUCCUCCCUGCCUCCUGUUGCCUGCCAUCCCAUUAAUACCCGUUGGCGACGACGACCAUGUUCCCUCCUUUCAGCCCGUCCGCCUGUUGACCCUUCCCACCUACUUCGACCAUUACCGCCACCUAGACGCAUUCAUUACUACUAAUCCUGCUCAAGUCCUCGUGCUGUUUCCGCUGAGGGCAAUCUCUAUAUAUCUUUCGAUGACAAUGCAAUUCUUCUUUGAGUACGUUUCCUCGUAAAGUUUAAGUGUAUACUUCGAUUUCACUGCCUUUGGUGGCUGCAGUUGGGAUGGAUAUGGCGGCCGCCGAGCCUGCGGUUAUGGACCGCGAGCGCCUGACGGCCGAAAUGGCCUUCAGGGACUCCUCCAUUGUCAUCAAGAUCCACCGGCGUUUGCCCGACUUCCUCCAUUCCGUCAAUCUCAAGUACGUCAAGCUCGGCCUGGGCUACACCAGUAUCCCCACGUCUUACUUGCUGGUCUCUCUCCUCGUUUCCGCCGUCGCCGCCACGCUCCGGCUCGACCGGGUGCUCAUGGCCACGUCGGUCCGGCUCUCCGUGGACCCGGCUACCGGCCUCGCCUCCUUGGCGGUCGCGUUGGUCUUGCUCGGCGUCUACUACUUGAAGAGGCCGCGUCCCGUCUACUUGGUGGACUUUGCUUGCUACAAGCCCGACGACGAGCAGAAGAUCUCAAAGCAGGGGUUCCUGGAGAUGACCGAGUGCACAGGCAUGUUCAAUGAGGAGUCGCUCGACUUCCAGACCAAGAUCACGAAUCGGUCGGGUCUGGGGGACGAGACGUACCUGCCGCCCGGCGUGCAGUUCCGGCCGCCUCGGCUGUGCAUGGCGGAAGCCCGGAUGGAGGCGGAGGCCGUUAUGUUUGGUUGCCUCGACGCCCUCUUCGAGGCCACCGGCGUUAACCCUCGGCGCGACAUCCGCAUCCUCAUCGUCAACUGCAGCCUGUUUAACCCGACCCCCUCGCUGGCCUCCAUGAUUAUCAACCGCUACAAGAUACGUGAGGACGUGAAGAGCUUCAACCUGGGAGGCAUGGGCUGCAGCGCGGGGCUCAUCUCCAUCGACCUCGCCAAGGACCUACUGCAGGCGAACCCCAACUCCUACGCCGUCGUGCUGAGCACGGAGAACAUCACGCUCAACUGGUACUUCGGCAACGACCGCUCCAUGCUGCUGUCCAACUGCAUCUUCCGGAUGGGGGGCGCGGCCAUGUUGCUAUCGAACCGGCGGGCGGACGCGGGGCGUGCCAAGUACAAGCUGGUGCACACGGUGCGGACGCACAAGGGAGCGGACGACAGCUGCUACGGGUGCGUCUACCAGCGGGAGGACGGCCGCGGGGCCGUCGGAGUGUCCCUGGCCCGGGAGCUGAUGGCCGUCGCCGGGGACGCACUCAAGACCAACAUCACCACGCUGGGGCCCCUGGUGCUCCCGCUGUCGGAGCAGCUCAAAUUCCUGGCGACGCUGGUGGGGCGGCGAGUGCUAAGGCUAAGGAGCGUACGGCCCUACAUCCCGGACUUCCGGCGGGCUUUCGAUCACUACUGCGUGCACGCCGGAGGGCGGGCGGUGCUGGAGGAGAUACAGAAGAACCUAGGGCUGUCGGCGACGGACAUUGAGCCGUCCCGGAGCGUGCUGCACCGGUUCGGCAACACCAGCAGCAGCUCGCUGUGGUACGAGCUGGCGUACGCAGAGGCCAAGGGGCGGGUGCGCCGGGGGCACCGUGUGUGGCAGAUCGGCUUCGGGUCCGGGUUCAAGUGCAACAGUGCGGUGUGGUGGGCGCUGCGCGACGUCCCGCCCGUGGACGCCGGCGGUCGCGGGCGCUGCAACCCAUGGUCGGAUUGCGUCGACCGCUACCCGAUUAAGGGAUAGGCCUACAGUAAGCAAAAGGCAAGCUUACAGCUUUCUUUUGCUUCUUAAGCUUCUACUAUUACUGUUUGGUGCUGCAGCUGUUGCCCAAAUUAACAGCUGUUGCAUAUACUUUUUCUAUAUAUAUAUAUAUUAUAUAUAUAUAUAUAUAUAUAUAUAUAUAUAUAUAUAUAUAUAUAUAUAUAUAUAUAUAUAUAUCACACAAAUAACAAUCUCAGUUAAACUGAUCAAAGUUACUGUACAAUAAAUAGACUUGACAUAAUUAAGUUUGUUAGAUUACUGGUCAUAUCCAGUACAUAUAAUCUAACUCUUCUGUGA